CCAAUCCAAAGCGAUUCAUCCACAGUGGGGUCGGUCCCAUCACUUUUCAAUCUCUUCUCUAUAAAGAAGCUGCUUCAGCGUCUCCCAUUUCCUCACACUACACUCCACACUCUUGUCUUCACGCAACACAAUACUCACACCACACCACCAACAGUUACACAAGCAUCUUCGCUCCCCAAAAGAAUGGAAGCAAUCUCGAGAAUCAAACCAUUUCUAUUCCUACUGUUUUUGUCGCUCGCAUGUUCUUCUGUGAUAGCCACUGUUUCAUACGACGACAAAGCCAUUAUCAUCAAUGGCAGGAGGAGGAUACUCAUUUCUGGCUCCAUUCACUAUCCUAGAAGCACCCCUGAGAUGUGGCCUGAUCUUAUACAAAAGGCUAAAGAUGGAGGAUUGGAUGUAAUUCAGACUUAUGUGUUCUGGAAUGGCCACGAACCGUCUCCCGGAAAAUAUAAUUUUGAGGGACGAUUCGAUCUUGUCAAGUUCAUCAAACUCGUGCACCAGGCCGGGCUCUACGUCCACCUCCGAAUAGGUCCAUAUGUUUGUGCAGAGUGGAAUUUUGGGGGAUUUCCGGUGUGGCUGAAAUAUGUCCGUGGAAUCGAAUUUAGAACAGACAAUCAGCCUUUCAAGGUCGCGAUGCAAAGAUUUGUCGUGCAUAUCGUCAACAUGAUGAAGUCACAGAAUUUGUUUGAGCCUCAGGGAGGGCCUAUAAUCAUGUCGCAGAUAGAAAAUGAGUACGGACCCAUAGAGUGGGAGAUUGGCGCUCCCGGCAAAGCUUACACUGCAUGGGCUGCAAAAAUGGCUGUGUCGACAAACACAGGUGUUCCAUGGGUGAUGUGCAAACAAGAAACUGCCCCUGAUCCUGUUAUCGAUGCCUGCAACGGAUUCUAUUGCGAAGGUUUCCGUCCUAACAAACCGAAUAAGCCCAAGAUGUGGACUGAAGUCUGGAGUGGCUGGUUUACACAGUAUGGCGGACCGCCUCCUCACAGGCCUGCAGAAGACUUGGCAUUUGCAGUGGCAAGGUUUGUCCAGAACAAUGGCUCCUUCUUCAACUAUUACAUGUAUCAUGGAGGAACCAAUUUUGGUCGAACUGCAGCCGGCCUUUUCAUCGCCACAAGCUACGAUUACGAUGCUCCAAUUGAUGAAUACGGGCUUCUGAACCAGCCGAAAUGGGGGCACCUCAGAGAUCUACACAGAGCAAUCAAGCAAUGCGAGCCUGCUUUAGUUUCGUCGUAUCCAACAGUCACUUGGCCCGGCAAAAAUCAAGAGGUUCAUGUAUUCACAUCAAAGUCGGGAGCUUGCGCUGCGUUUCUUGCCAACUACGACACAACGUACUCCACGAAGCUGACAUUCCGGAACGUGCAAUACGAUUUGCCUCCAUGGUCCAUCAGCAUUCUUCCCGACUGCAAGACUGCAGUAUAUAACACUGCUAGAAUUGGCUUCAGAAGCUCCCCGGCAAAGAUGGUGCCGGUGGGCAGUGGGUUCGCGUGGCAAUCAUACAGCGAGGCGACUCCUGCUGCAGACGACAGCGACGUGCUCGGAAUGCAAGGUUUGUGGGAGCAAACAUACGUCACAAAAGACUCGUCGGAUUACUUAUGGUACAUGACACAAGUCGACAUAUCUUCUAAUGAAGGGUUUCUGAAGAGCGGGCAGUGGCCAUAUCUCACAGUCAUGUCGGCUGGCCACGCGCUGCACGUCUUCAUCAACGGUCAGCUUUCAGGGACGGUGUAUGGCAGCUUGGGCAACCCCAAAUUAACGUUCAACGGCUACGUGAACUUGAGAGCUGGAGUUAACAAGAUUGCUCUACUUUCCGUGGCUGUUGGGCUACCGAAUGGAGGGCUGCACUAUGAGAAAUGGAACACGGGAAUACUUGGCCCGGUGACUCUGAAAGGCCUCAACGAAGGGACUCGCGACUUGUCGAAGCAAAGAUGGUCUUACAAGGCUGGUCUGAGGGGCGAAGCCACGAGCCUUGUAACUAACGGAGGAAGUUCUUCUUCGAUCGAGUGGGUAGAGGGGUCCCUAAUAGCCCAAAAGCAGCCUCUAACAUGGUACAAGACAACAUUCAAUGCUCCGGCAGGGAAUGAUCCGUUGGCUUUGGACAUGAUAAGCAUGGGGAAAGGAGAAAUAUGGGUGAAUGGGCAGAGCAUAGGGCGACACUGGCCGGGAUACAUAGCCAAAGGCGACUGCGGCGGCUGCGACUACGCCGGAACUUUCAGUGAGAAGAAAUGCCAGAGUGGCUGCGGUCAGCCCUCCCAGAGAUGGUACCAUGUGCCAAGAUCAUGGCUGAAACCAGGAGGGAAUGUGUUGGUAGUGUUCGAAGAGUGGGGUGGAGACCCAACCAGGAUCACUUUGGUCAAGAGAACACACUAAGUCCUGUUACCAACAAUACACACAAUAUAUACAUACAUACAUUAUACGUACAUACAGAUGCAAAGUACUAGUCAAAGAAUCUAUACAUACAUAUAUAUAUAUAUAGUGGAGUUUCAUAUUAGGUUUGGGGAAGAAAGUCAUUCUCCUAUUUGUUAAGUAUAAAAAAAGUGUUGAGACUGUGUAAAUUAGAAGCACGACUUUAUGUAUUCUAGGUUUUGCUUUGAAGAAAGCGCUGGAAUUAGUAUUGGGCCUCACUUGAUUGAAGAAAUGCAAUAGACCUUAAUGGGCUGAUCUUUAUGUAAAUUUGAACCAGCCCAUUUUAUGUAUUA